AUGCCUACCCUCCGCAUAGCCAUCCUCGAAUGCGAUACACCGCUCGACAAAGUCCUCGACAAAUACGGCAGCUAUGGCGACAUCUUCACUGCACUGCUGCAACAAGCCAGUGCGGAAGUAACUGCCGAGGGUGCCGAGGAAGUAAAGGUGGAAUGUACAAACUACGACGUCGUCAGCAAGCAAGAAUAUCCCGAAGAUUUGAGCAAGGUAGAUGCGAUCCUGAUGACUGGAAGCAAACACAAUUCCUUCGACAACGACCCUUGGAUCCUCAAACUCGUCGACUUCACAAAGAAGAUUCUGGAUACUCAAUCCCGCAUCCGCGUCCUGGGUAUCUGUUUCGGCCAUCAGAUCGUGGGCCGUGCUCUGGGCGCCAAAGUCGCCAGAGGCAAUCAAGGCUGGGAAGUCAGCGUGACACCCCUCGAACUCACUUCUGUGGGUAAACAAGUCUUUGGCGUGGAGAGUCUGAGCAUACACCAAAUGCACCAAGACAUGGUCUACACCUACCCCUCCGACAUCUUACCCCUAGCCCACACAACCCGCUGCGAGAACCAAGGCAUGUACGCCAAAAACCGCUUAAUCACCGUUCAAGGACAUCCAGAAUUCAAUGCGGAAAUGGUAACGCAUAUCUUGGGUGCUAGACACGAUGCCGGUGUGUUCAAAGAUGAGAUUUAUGAAGACGGAAUCAAGAGAGUCGAAGAAACGCAUGGUGGUGAGGUUAUCGCGAGGGCGUUUGUGAGAUUUUUGUUGGAUUGA